UGUUCACACUUCACUGCUCUUCUCCUGCUUCAAAGCUAGCUAUCAAAAUACAAGCCUGAUUAUUUAAUUCACAUGUUAGCUUUUGGUUUCAUACGCAGCAGUAGGGCAGUUUUUAAGCUCAUUUCAAUUGCACUUUAAAUGUGUACACUUUAACUCUACUCUUCCGGAACACCGCACCUAGCGUGUUUGUUUACUUUAAAGUGUUACUUUGUAGCCGCGGACGGUCUCACAUCAAAGGCUGAAACUGCUACAAGUAAAUAGUUACAGUGUAACGAUAUUUGGCAGCUCUGCAUUAAUGCACUACCGGUUCGUAGACCCUACUUUGGAUAUGUGCAGUCUGUAGAUUUACGGGAACUCGACUGAACUACAUUUGCGGUUCGUAAACUUUUUAAAGGAUGAAACUCGGGGACUGAAGGAGCAGCGAAAAUGAGGAGUCGCAGUAAUUCAGGAGUCAAACUCGACAACUAUGCUCGGAUAAUUCAACAAACUAUCCUUCGGCAUCAGGAUCCAGUGACUGGUCUUCUUCCUGCGAGUGAGGAACAGCCCGAUGCCUGGGUCAGGGAUAACGUCUACAGCAUCAUCUCAGUGUGGGCUCUGAGUCUAGCUUACAGGAAGAAUGCAGACCGAGAUGAGGACAAGGCCAAAGCUUACGAGCUAGAGCAGAGUGUUGUGAAGCUUAUGCGAGGCCUACUUCAGUGCAUUAUGCGGCAGCUGGACAAAGUGGAAAAAUUCAAGUACAGCAAGAGCACCAUGGACUGCCUCCAUGCCAAGUACAACACCUGCACUUGUGCCACAGUGGUGGGCGAUACUGAGUGGGGCCACUUACAGAUGGACGCCACCUCGCUCUUCCUGCUUUUUCUAGCGCAGAUGACGGCCUCUGGUUUGCACAUUGUAUACACUCAGGACGAAGUGGAUGUGAUCCAGAAUCUGAUGUUUUAUGUUGAAGCUGCAUACAAAGUUGCAGAUUUUGGAAUGUGGGAGAGAGGAGACAAGACUAAUCAGGGCAUCCCUGAGCUCAAUGCAAGCUCUGUCGGCAUGGCCAAAGCAGCACUGGAGGCACUGGAUGAUCUGAACCUAUUUGGGGCUAAAGGAGGGCCAAGUUCAGUGGUCCAUACUCUGCCGGACGACAUCCAGCACUGUCAGUCCAUUCUUAACUCCAUGUUGCCCAGAGCAUCCACAUCGAAAGAAGUAGAUGCUGGCGUUCUUGCUAUUAUCUCAUAUCCGGCCUUCGCAGUGGAGGACAUGGAGUUAGUCAACAUCACCAAGGAGGAAAUCAUUUCCAAACUACAGGGGAGAUAUGGUUGCUGUCGGUUUCUUAGAGAUGGUCAUAAAACUCCUAAAGAGGAUCCCACUAGGUUGUAUUAUGAAUCUGCUGAGCUGAAACUGUUUGAGAACAUUGAAUGUGAAUGGCCUCUCUUCUGGACCUACCUCAUCCUUGAUGGCAUCUUUCUAAACAGCCAAGAGCAGGUGCAGGAGUACAGAGAGGCACUGGAUGGUAUACUAAUCAAACAGAAGGACGGGAUACGUCUGCUACCCGAACUCUACAGUGUCCCUCCUGAUCGGGUAGAUGAAGAGUAUAUGAAUCCUCACUCCGUAGCGAGGAUCCCUAUGGGAAAGUGCCCUCUGAAGUGGGGCCAGUCACUGUACAUACUGGGAAGUCUUUUGGCAGAGGGCUUUCUGGCUCCCGGAGAGAUAGACCCACUCAACCGAAGAUUCUCCACCAUUCCCAAGCCUGAUGUUGUUGUUCAAGUGUGCAUUCUGGCAGAGAAUGAUGAGAUUAAGGAAUUGCUCCUGAAGAAUGGGAUAUCAGUAGAUGCAGUCACAGACAUCCACCCCAUCAGAGUGCAACCUUCACGAGUUCUAAGUCACAUUUACGCUCGACUAGGACGUAACCAGAGGCUUGGGCUUACUGGCAGGCCGUAUCGCAGGAUUGGUGUGUUGGGGACCUCAAAGCUGUACAUCAUCCGCAACACUAUCUUCACCUUUACACCUCAGUUUAUUGAUCACCAGCAGUUUUACUUGGCUCUUGAUAGCAGGAUGAUUGUGGAAAUGCUGCGUACUGACCUUUCCUACUUGUCCUCUCGCUGGAGAAUGACCGGCCGGCCUACUGUCACCUUCCCUGUCUCCCAGACCAUGCUGACUGAGAACCACACAGACCUGGACCCUGUAGUAUUGGCCACUCUGAAGAAACUUCAGGAUGGCUAUUAUGGAGGAGCAAGGAUACAGACGGGAAAGUUGUCAGAGUUCUUGACCACAUCCUGCUUUGCUCAUCUAAGCUUCCUGGAUAGUGGUAAACCUCGCUCCAGCAGUCUGAGCUGGGGUGAGGAUGAGGAUGAAGAGUACAGCUUUCAUAGUGAAGGCACUGUGCAUGAUCUCAGCAUUAGUGAUGAUGGAGAUGAUCUUGCACAGUAUUUGGAUCAGCUUUUGGCCACAGCAGUGCCUCGGCGGGUGAUGAAAGCAGAGGACAAUGUCAGCGGGCUCUGCCGCUUCAGGGCUGCAGCCAAUCAAACAAGAGAGAUGGUGUCUUUAGUCAACAAGGCUAAAGAUCUUCAACUACAUAAUGUGCAAAUGUAUUUGCCCACCAAGCUCUUCCGAUCCCCUCAACCGUCUCUUAACUUAAAAGACUCCUCUAGAUCAGAACCAAGCCCGGCCCCACAGGUGUUUGUGUCAUCAGAUUUCAACCUGCCCCGUGGUGCUGAUGGAACUGUAGAUUACAUGGCUCUGGUUCAGCUGCUUAAGGAUACACAGGGUCUCCAAGACCAGGCAGACAUCCUAUACAUCCUCUUUAAAGACAAAGGGAUGGAUUGGGAUACACAGCUUCAUGGUAAAGGUACUACAGUGCACCGUCUGCUGCUGGAGCUGUAUGAAAAGGCAGGAGACCUGCGCUGCUGGGGCCUCAUCCGUAUGAUCUCCGGCAUGCUACGCAAAAAGGUGGAGGAGCUUGACUGGGCUUGUUCUGAUUUGCUAGCUCAUCAAAAGCACUUAACAGUAGGUUUACCUCCCGAACCAAGAGAAAAGACCAUUACUGCGCCAAUGCCACCUGACCUGCUGGUUAAACUUAUAGAUGAGGCCAGUGAGAACAACAUAACAAUCUCAAUCCUCACUCAGGAGAUUAUGGUGUACCUGGCGAUGAACAUCAGGACACAGCCAGGUCUGUUCAGUGAGAUGUUUAGGCUGAGGAUCGGCCUCAUCAUUCAGGUCAUGGCAACUGAACUGGCCCAGUCUCUUAACUGUUCAGAUGAGGAAGCCACAGAAAGUCUGAUGAGUUUGAGCCCUUCUGAGAUGAAGAAUCUUUUACAUCACAUCCUCAGUGGCAAAGAGUUUGGGGUGCAGAGGCAUGAUACGGGUGUGAGUCCUGGCAUCUCCAUACAUGAAGUUGGCCAUGUGGGUGCCACCAAAAGUGAGCGUGCUGGCAUCAGCAAACUGAAGAGUGAUAUGAAGCUGCUGGAAGACAGGAGAUUAUCUUGGGCUACUCAGAGUAAGACCUUCUUAGGACAGUCCUUUGAUACUGACACCACAGAGUGUGUUCACCGUCUCUCUUCGUUGGAGUCAUUUGAUGGCUCUGUGAGUGCUCCUGUUGCGCUCGAUAGCCGUCAGGGCCAGUGGCUUCGCAGGAGGAGGCUGGAUGGAGCCCUCAACAGAGUUCCAGUAGGAUUUUAUCAGAAAGUCUGGAAGAUUCUGCAGAAGUGUCAUGGGCUGUCUAUUGAAGGCUUUGUUCUCCCAUCGUCCACUACAAGAGAGAUGACACCAGGUGAGAUUAAGUUUGCUGUGCAUGUGGAAACAGUCCUGAACCGAGUGCCUCAGCCUGAGUACAGGCAGCUGCUGGUGGAGGCGAUCCUGGUGCUCACCAUGCUGGCUGAUGUUGAUAUUCAAAGCUUUGGCAGCAUCAUCCAUGUGGAGAAGAUUGUCCACAUCGCAAAUGACAUGUUCUAUCAGGACCAGAAAGCUCUUAAUGCUGAAGAGAACAUUUUAGAAAGAGACACAGCCACAGGCAUCUGUCGGCUCCUGUACGAUAGCGCACCCAGUGGCCGCUUUGGCACGAUGACGUACCUCACAAAGGCAGUGGCUACCUACGUACAGGACUUUCUGCCCAGUGGUUCAUGUGCUUUGCAGUGAUGUACUUUCAUUAAAGUAAAGAUACAGUAGCAUGGUUUUAAAGAUGGUUAAAAUGAUUUGUAUCAUUUUAGGUCAUUGUACAUAUUUAAGACAGGAACUAUGAUGGGGAAGAGGGAAGUUAUUAGUUUUCAUAGCCAUUGUAAGUGACUGCAAAGUUUCUCUUUGAGUGUAUUUAACAGUGUGUAAACAUUUGGUCAUUUUAUCAUGGACCGUUUGUUUAUGGUACAUAACAUAAUAUACCAUAUUUGAAUGAGGUUGAUUGCAUGAAAGUACAGUUGUUAGUACAGCAGCUUUUUCUUACAGACAAGAGCAGAGUUCUGCCUUUUCUUUUUUCAUUUUUAAGACAACAGUUUCAAAUCAUCUCAUGUCACCCAACGGUCUAACUGAAGUUUAGCCAUCAGAAAAGCAUUAAGAAAAAGACAAUUUUUUUUGCAGCAUGUUUACUUGUUAUCAACAUUUGUAUUGUAAUUCAAAGAUUAUGGUGAUAUUUACUAGUUAAAACAUUAUUUAAUUUUUUCAGCCUCAUCAGCAAAAUAAUUUCUUUUAAAUGCCAAUAUUUUUCACAUGUUGAACAUAAUAUGGAAAUUAUUACAUAGUUUGUGAAUCUAAAAUAGGUUUUCAGAUGUGGUAAAAUAAAUAAGUAGAUGUAUUGUGAACUUUAAACUGCUACUACUACGAACUACUUGUUUUACAAUAAUUUAUUUGCAUGACAGGUAGUUACAGAGAAAAUGAACAGAUUUUUUACAAGAAGAUCUUGUUUAUUGAAAUAAUUAGUAAAUAAACGCUCAUAUUGCACUAUUUGUUCAAUAGCAGAGGAAGAUUACUCAAGUUUUCCUGUGAUAUUGCUGUUUGCAGUUAUAACCUUUUCAUCAUUAUGUAAGACCAGAAACACACUGUAAUGAACAGAAAUAAUUAUAAUAAUAAUAAAAAAAAGAGAAUGUUUUCGUAC